UAUUCAUGUUCAAUUCAUUGGUUCCCUUUCCUUGCUUUCCCUGUCCGUCUAUCGAAGAAACAAAAGCAGAACCAUACCAUUACUCCAAAAUCAACAGCUCCUUCGUCAUCGUGACCUCCACCGUCGUCCAACUCCGGCAGCCACCGCCCACCUGCCCUUGAAUUCUCUCACUCUCAGUUUUAAGAUGGAUACGAGUUGGAUGUCUUUACCAAGAGCUACUACUGAAUAUGAAAACGGUCUUGACAAAUUUCUUGAUUUUAUCUUUUCUACCGAGGGUAAAAAUGGUCAAAUAUCAUGUCCAUGCAUUGAUUGCAGUAAUCAAAUAUGGGUUGAUCGGGAGGAGGCUAGAACGCAUCUCCAAUGUGUCGGGUUUAUUAAAGGCUACAGAAUUGCACCUUUUAUUUCCGAAUCAUGUGAAACUCCUAUGUUGGAUGCUGAAGAUGACAUGCAAGGGUUGGUGCAUGAUGCAUUCAACGGGUUUGGUGAGAACAUACAUGAAAAUGAAAUAGGGACACAAAAUGAAAGUCAAAGUAUGCCAAACACAAAUGCGAAAAAGUUUUAUAAAGCGUUAGAAGAUGCAAAGAAAGAACUAUAUCCUGGGUGUAAGAAGUUCUCGGUUCUUUCUUUUAUCAUUAGACUAUUUCAUAGUAAGUGUAUUGGGAAAUGUAAUGACAAGGGUUUCAGCAUGAUGCUUGAUACAUUGAGGGAAGCCUUCCCAUAUGCUUCCAUACCGAAGUCAUUGUAUGACCUAAGGAAGAUAAUAAGAGAAUUAGGACUUAGUUAUGAUAAAAUUGAUGCAUGUCCUAAUGAUUGUAUGCUGUACUGGAAAGAAAACAGUAAGAAAACAGAAUGUGAUAUAUGUCAUACGUCAAGGUACAAAGCAAAUGAAAAUGAUCCUGAUGAUGAGUUAACCAUACCUGAUACGGAUAAGAAGAUUAAGAAGAUUGGAGCAAAGGUUUUACGUCAUUUUUCGCUCAUACCACGACUGCAAAGGUUGUUUAUGUCAUCUAAAAAGCAAGAUGAGAAUGGGUUUACUCUACUCAAGAUGAGAAUGGGUUUACUCUACUCAUACCACGGCUGUAAAGGUUGUUCCAUUGUGAUUGGAUCUCGAAUGGUUCAAGGAAAAAGCAAGAUGAGAAUGGGUUUACUCUACUCAAUUUUGAAGAUAUGUAUCACAACUAGUACAUCUGCUGGGUUAGAUCAGAUCUUGCCUCGGAUGUUCUAUCAUAAAGUACUGCGGGUUGGAACUUACUUGGAAUAGAUGGAGUAGUUUUGACUUGUCA